AACACCAUUACAACAUUAUUACAAAUAUAUUAAAACUCUCUUUCUAUUUCUAAAUUCCAGGGAAUUUCUCCCUCUUUUCUUUCUUUUUUCACUCACAAGUCAGAUCCCUUAAUCUUUCUGCUCUGUUCGUCCUUCAAUUUUGUUGGGGUUUUUUUUAAAGGUAAUAAUACUGAUCAAAUUUAUCUUCAAUUUUCCAAAAUUCCACAUUUUUGAAAUUUGUUUAGGCAUCGUUUCUGCACGCGAUUAUCCAUGCGUGCAAUGCACACAUUUAUCACAUCAGGACAUGAUCAUGGUGGUGUUUUAUUUGAUUGUGGUGCCGAUGAUCAUCGAUCAUUUUUUUUUUAAAUUUUAAUGCAUGUUUUUAAGAUUAGGGUUUUUGCUUUAUGUUUAUAGAUUUUUUAUUUAAUUUAUUUUUUUGGCAGGAGUUAAGAAUAAAUUAACUGAAUUCCUUGUUAGUGAUUCAAAUUGGAGCUAUUUCAUGAUAAAAAGGCUUCUCAUUCAACAUGGGGCACCGCAACAUUCAAUUCACUGGUCAUAUAACAAACGAAGCAGAUCAAGGCAUCUUUUAUUCCGGUUUAUCAAACUUCCCUCAGCCUAAUAUCCACCCACUCAUUCCGCCACCUAUAAACCAUUCCAAUUUCGAAUUUCAUCAUAUUCAAGAACAUCCCUUUUACUAUGGUACAAAUUUCGCUUCACCGUCCAGCCAUUACAAUCCACAUUUACCGCCACCACCCUCCGGUAUUAGAGACUUCUUCCCUAUUCAAGCAAACCACGGUGCAGAAAGAUUCCAUCGGAAUAUACCCUACAUGGACGGCAGCGUCGAAGAAUCUUUCAAGAGAAAGAACGCUGAGGUGGCUCACACGAGUUACCUGUAUCAAAACGGAGGCUCUAGUUCUUCUUCUGUCGUUCCUAUGCAUCAAAACAGAAACCCUUGGCUGGAUAUGAAUUUCGGCACUUUUGCAUGGACACAGCCUACUCCUAAUUUACCCUAUCUGCAUGGUUAUCAAGUGGCACCCGUAAAUCGAAGUGCACCUAGUUUUAUUGCUCCUAUUUCUCAAGGGGCAAUAAGGUACAACCCUAACCAUCCACCUCAAGUGGCUACUGCAUUUCUCGGUCCUGUUCAACCAACGGGCUUCCGAUUGUACCCCUCUCAUCGAAGGGAAAUUACGAUCGACCCGAACGGAAGAUACCGGAACCUUCCUCACUUGAGGGUUUUACCAGAAGAUGAAGUGGCUGUACUCGAGAUUCCUGGUGGCUACCGUGAAGCAGGGGAUUCCGGGGAUCAGCACAGAGACAUGCGUUUGGAUAUCGAUCACAUGUCUUAUGAGGAGCUUCUUGCAUUGGGAGAAAAUAUUGGUACUGUCGGCAGUGGAUUGACUGAUGAAUUCAUUCGAAAUAACUUGAAAACAAGAAUCUUCAGCUUGUCGCCAGCUUGUACUAAUCAAGAAGAGUUGACUUCGCCUGAUCAACGAGCUAUCAACUUCUGUGUUGUUUGCCAGAAUGAUUAUGAGUAUGAAGAAAAAAUUGGAACCCUCGACUGUGGGCAUGAAUACCACAGAGAAUGCAUAAACAAGUGGCUGCAUGUGAAGAACACUUGUCCUGUAUGCAAAUCCACAGCCUUGAGAACAAAUUUGUAAAUAGAUGGUGCAAUAAGAACAAAAUAAAAAACCUUCGGGUUUAUUUAAUUAUUGUUAAUCGACGAGAGAACUCUUCUCUUCAUGUAUUAUAUAUUGAUGUGUAAAUAUACAUGCAGAUAUACGACUGGCGCCUGAAACAGUUUGUUGGCCUUAUAUCUGUAUCGGAAAAAAAAAUGUACAGACUAAUUUGUUUGUGCUGUUUAUGCCUGAUGGCAGUAUCGGAAUUCAUUACUUAUCUUGUAUUAUAUGCACAUAUUUUGUUCUUU